AUGAUUGAAACGGCCAUGAUGGGUGGCCCCGUGGCCGAAGACAACAUCAUCAACCGGCGCGGCGGCGAGUCGAUCUACCAGAGUUGCCAGAACCUGAAGAAGCGACUGGCAGAGGUGCCCGGGUUUGAGCAGCACCUGGCGGAGAUGGAGGAGAACGACCUCGCGACAGACAACACCAAUCCGGUGACCUCCUUGUGGAACUUGCUCCGGGAGGGCUAUCCUCUGCUCACCAUCUACAAUGCCGUCGGGCCCAAGGAGCUGCUGGAGGUCGAUCCCUCCAAGGUCGGUGAGGCCAAGCGGCCCAAGGCGGCCACCUUCAAGUACCUUCAGGCAUGUCUGCAAGAACUGGCCUUCCCUCAGCAGGAUUGUUUUCUGAUCACCGACUUGUACGGCGAGAGCACAACCGGAUUUCUCAAGGUCAUCAAGAUGGUCAACCGCACUCUAGACAUUCUGGAGAUGGAGGGUCAGCUGAAGCCCGCGGAUCCCUCUGUGCAGGAUUCGAGUGCAAAGGGGACCGUCAAGUUAACCAAGAGAGAACACAUUCUGAAGGAGCUUCUGGAAACGGAACGCGACUAUGUCCAUCAUCUCCAGAACCUCCAGGCACUCAAGAAGGAACUCGAGGAGACCAACGCCCUGACCGGCGACGCAAGUCAUCAGAUUUUUCUCAACCUCAACAAUCUUCUCGAUUUUGCCCAGCGCUUUCUCAUCCGGAUGGAACAGCACUAUGCCUUGCCUCCGGAGAUGCAGAACUGGGGCGAUUUGUUUAUUCAGCAUGAAGAGGGCUUCAAACAAUAUGAGCCGUUUAUCGCCAACCAGCUGCGCUGUGAUGAGGCGUGCUUGAAGGAAUGGGAGAAGAUCAGAGCUGCUCCUCGCCAUCUUGAUUUGCAGCAGAUGGUUGCCCAGCCGGCCACCUUGAACGGGUUUUUUGUCAAGCCGUUUCAACGUCUAACCAAGUACCCUCUAAUGCUUUCUGAAUUACGCAAACAGGAUGAUAAUGAGGAGCUACAGGCUGACAUCACCAGAGCAAUUGAUACUAUUCAGGCUGUCUUGGACUCGGCGAAUGAUGCAAUCGAUAAAGAGCAUCUAGCUACUGCUGUCGGUGACCUUGCAGAACGUGUCGACGAUUGGAAGUCACUCAAGGUGGAAUCUUUUGGUGACCUACUUCGCUUCGGUUCGUUCACAGUGCUCAAGGGCGACACUGGCAAAGACUCCCCCAGAGAGGUUCGUACGCUUUCUAUUACCCAUGUUCAAGACAGGAUUUGGUCCCAAACCCUUGCGCGCCCCACAGACUUUGGCAUUCGCAUGACCUUGGAAUUCCCUUCAAGGGCUAUCUCCUCGUUCGGUUUGCCGUCUAUCGACGAGGAAAGCCCUGCCCUGCAAACCCCUCGGACCCGUGAAAACUCUUCUAUGACGUUGGCCUCGGAGGUACCAACCGACGAAGUACCCCGCUCUCCCCAUCGCAUGGCCCCAAGGACUCCCUCUGUGAAGAAGAAGAAGGGGUUGAACAGAUUGGUCGAACGACCUCGCUCCCAGUCGUCCACCCCUGAUAACAAACUCCUUUCCCCAUGUGGCGAUAACAGCUACUUCACCCAUUAA